AGGAGCGCCUCUUAGAGCUACUACGUACGUGCUUCCAUGUUCAUAGGAUAGCUAGCUAGCAUUCUUUGGCAAAGGCCAAUCUGCAAAUCUUCAACUACCACCACCCUCAAUAGAAAACCAGAACCAGAUGGAGGGAGAGAUGGAGGAUCGGUCAAAGCUUUCCAGGCUCCAGAAACAAUGGCUGUUUCUGUGUCCAAGAAGAAAUCUAGGCUACCCAGAAGAUCAGAACCCAGAGAAGUGGUCUUUUUGCACUCGAUCCUGGUCAAGUUGCUGCACCGACUGCCGUCCUUGCUGCUUCUGCUGAUCCUGCUCUUCCUCUGGUCCUCCUCCGCCACCAUCAUUUCCAGCAACAUAGUUCAUCUCUGCGUGUCCUCUCGCAAGGUUGGCAACCUCUACUGCCUCUCGGCAGGCACCCAACCCAACCUCGAAAUCCCAAUUCCUCCCGUCAAAAACACUUCUGCCGAUCCCCAGAUAACCAGUACCGCUCGUAUCAAGCAGGUUGUCGAAGAUCCUGUGCUCGAACAACCUGUCGAUCAUUUGGUCGAAAAAGGCGUUUCCAAAGACACGGAUGAAGGGGGGCUGGCCGAUGCUGUUAAGAUCGUGGAAGAACAGCUGAAAUUACACCGGUCCUGGGCAUCGAAUUCCAACCAGGCUCCGGCUACUACCACCUGCACCGGCGGGCGAGGAAUAUACGUGUAUGAACUGCCGCCAAAGUUCAACAAAGAUUUGAUGAGCCAAUGCAGUGACAUGAUUCCAUGGUCUGAUUUGUGCAAAUUUCUGAGCAAUCAGGCACUGGGGGAGCCGAUCCCCGAGCUGGGCAAAGGAUGGUAUCAGACUCAUCAGUACUCUCUGGAGCCAAUCUUCCACUCAAGGGUUCUGAAGCAUCCAUGUAGAGUGUACAAUGAAGAUGAAGCCAAGCUCUUCUACGUGCCUUAUUAUGGAGGAUUAGACAUCCUGAGAUGGCAUUUCAAGAAUGUUUCUGAUGAAGUUAAGGAUGGUUUGGGAUUAGACCUUGUCAAGUGGCUGGAAUCACAGAGGCCAUGGACUAGGAAUUCUGGAAAAGACCAUGUUCUUGUUCUGGGAAAAAUUUCCUGGGAUUUCAGGAGAGUUUCCGCUUCUUCUUGGGGCUCUAGAUUGCUAGAGCUCCAGCAAAUGCAGAACCCAAUCAAGCUCUUGAUUGAGAGAAAUCCAUGGCAUGUCAAUGAGAUUGGAAUUCCUCAUCCAACUCAUUUCCACCCCCGCUCCGACGCCGAUCUCCUUGCCUGGCAGCUGAGGGUCGCCCGGUCCAGCCGGCGAAGCCUCGUCAGCUUUGCCGGGGCGGCCCGGCCGGGCUCCCCUGACAGCAUAAGGUCAGUGCUCAUUAACCAGUGCACUGACAGUGAACACUGCAUGUUCCUGAAUUGCAGCCGGGGCGGGUGCGAUCAACCCGGCUCGGUGAUUGAGCUGUUCAUGGAAUCCGAAUUCUGCCUGCAGCCUCCCGGCGACAGCCCGACGAGGAAGUCGGUGUUCGACUCCCUGGUCGCCGGCUGCAUCCCUGUGCUGUUCGAUCCGUUUACGGCUUACUAUCAGUAUGCAUGGCACUUGCCGGAAGAUCAUGGAAAAUAUUCAGUGUUUGUGGGUCAAGACGAGGUGAAGGAGAUGAAGGUGAACGUUGUGGACAGGCUGAUGAAGAUUUCGGCUUUGGAGAGGGAGGCUAUGAGGAGAUUCAUAGCGUAUGAACUGUUGCCUGGUUUGGUUUAUGGAGACUCUAAUUCGGAGCUUGAGAACUUUCAGGAUGCGUUCUCCAUAGCCAUGAACAAUCUACUUGAGAGGGUUAGCAGAUUGUAAGAUUUACUAAGAUUCCUCCUUUCUUUCUUUUUGAUUUGAUAUAUAUAUAUAUAAUAUAUUUGUAUAUUGUUCUUUCUUUCAAGUGGAAAGGAUAAAAUGCUGGAAAAAUGAAAUUGAUACACAAGUUU